UCCGAGCUGGCAAACCUCCAGCGGGCCGUGCGGAAUCACAAGACUCAGCAUGAGGAUGCCACAUGGGCACUGGACGCCCGUGUACUGGGCCUGGAACAGGGCGGUGCCAGGACCAGAUUCUGGAGCUUCCAGCAGUGCAUCCUCUAGCCGCCAACUGGAGGAACGCGAUGACCACGUAGUGGCAAUGCUAGGAGACAUAAGUGCCUUCACAGAGCUGGCCACCAUCAGCCAGCGGUUCGAGUUGCUGGACACUAAGACCAGUCAGCAACAGCAGACUGACCACAGCCACAACAAUAGCUCGGCGAGGCCAUACAAGAUGCCGACGUUCCGGACCGAGAAAUUUGAUGACUACACACACCAAGACCCGGUCGUCUGGUGGCAAGGAUUUACAACGGAGUUGGGGAUUCACGAAGUCCCUGACCAUCUGUUCAUCAGUGCUCUGUUCAUCAACACCAAGGGAGGUUGUCAGAUCUGGCUCAGCCACAUGGCAACCAUCCACGACGUCCAGGUUUCAGACCUGUACAAGAAGGUCUCCAGGGAGGACAGAACAAAGGAAUGGAAGAAGCGGUUCAUCGUCGACGAUGCCUCGGCACUCGCCGUCAACCGCAUCUUCACGAUGGCCCAAGGGAGCACACCGACACGUGACUGGCUCACGGAUUGGCAGAAAAUCGUGGCAACGCCCAAUUUGGACUUGUCAUUUCCGCAUCUGCGGCGUGAGUCUUACAACAGGUCAUGCGCCGCUCUCAACCUCGCACUUGGUGAUCGCGAGCAGUACAACACUUUCGCAGAGAUCAUCAACAAGGCGAGAGAGCUCAUCAGGCCGGCUGCACACGAGAAGUCCACGUGGCAACCAACCUAUGUGGAUAAGGUACGAACUGGUCCGCGACAGCAGCACUUCGCUGCAGUCCAGUCGGACAGUGGAGAUAACCCAGCAGCCACUCCAGCAUCAAGUGACGGAGAUCAGGUGGCUGCUGUCCAGCCACGAAGCAACAAGUCCCGCAACAAUGGGAAGGCGAAAUCCGCAUCGCAGGCCGGAAAUGGACAGCCAAUGCAAGUUCCAUGGGUCAAGUUCGGCUUGACCGAGGCGGAGUACAAGCUCGGGAAACUGAGCUCCGCGGAAGGUGAGGCGACUCCACCCUCUACUCCGCCAGAUUCGGCCGCCUUGCUAGCGGCCUCCUGCACAUCUGGGGAGAACGCGAAUGUCGGAAGUCCUCGAUACACUUACGAGGAGUAUGCUGUCCACUUGGUUCCACCGCUGGACCAACCGCUCCACGUGCAACAAUCCAUCGCAUGCAAGGUUUCAUCACCAUCGGCAACCGAUUCGGCAGCUUCGCCAAAAUCUAUAGCCGGGGAUUCGACGACAUGGUCAAGACUUGAAGAGCUCGACCCAUUGACGUUCACGGAUUUCCAGUGGAUGCCCGUUCCCUCGACCGGACGAUUGUCGAAACCGCAUUGCAACGUGCUUAUGGCACAAUUGCGGGACUACUUGCACACUGCAGUACCRGGUCCGUUGAUGGACGCCGGAGCAGAGGUUGUCGACCUUCACGCUUACAUCGCGAAGAUCGACCGCGAGUUCAAGACGCAACGGUACGACGACAUCGAGGCACCAUUGCUAUACAUACGCAUUCAGAUCGGAGAGGCGACCUGCAGUGCCUUGAUCGAUUGCGGAGCAUCUCGCAACUACAUCAACCAGGACUUCAUGGUACGCGUCGGCCUUGGCCCACGUGUCCGGAGGAAGUCCCAGCCUACGCAAGUCGCUCUGGCAGACGGUCAUACGCACAAGUCCAUCGACCGGUGCAUUGACGCCGUCCCAGUGUACUUCGCCCCUCACGCAAAUGAGGCGGUGUCCUUUGACAUUCUGGACACCAAAUUCGACAUGAUCUUGGGCAUGUCAUGGCUGCGAAGCGAGGAUCACCCGGUGAACUUCUUCCACCGCACCGUUCACAUUCGUGAUCGGAGCGGAGUACUAGUUCCAUGCACGGUGCCUCUUCCUCAUCCUUCGAUCAGUUGCCACGUGGUAUCCGCCGCAAGCAUGCGAUCUUCCAUCAUCAGAGACGACAUCGAGGAGAUGGGGGGGUGUUUUCUCCACGCCCUCCCGCCCCAUGACGCUUUAUCGACGGACUCACCUUCGGAUCCACGCAUCACCGAACUUCUCGACGCCUACAGCGGCGUGUUCGAAGGCCCGCACGGGGUAGUGCCGGAUCGACCCAUCCGCCACGAGAUCAUCCUCGAGGACGGGGCGUUUUUCUCUAAGCUGGAUCUCAAGUCAGGGUACCACCAACUCGAGAUUUGCAAGGAGGAUCGCUACAAGACCGCGUUCAAGACACGGUAUGGGCAUUUCGAAUGGCUGGUCAUGCCGUUUGGCCUUACGAAUACCCCAGCCACUUUCCAAGCGGCUAUGACAACGGAGUUCCGACACAUGCUGGAUCGGUUUGUACUCAUCUACCUCGACGGCAUCUUGGUGUAUAGUCGGAGUUGGGACGAGCAUGUGGAAAACCUGCGCACCGUCUUGGAGCGGCUACGACAAACCAAGUACAAAGCAAACCGCGACAAGUGCGAGUUCGCACAGCAGGAGCUGGAGUACUUGGGACACUAUGUGACGCCGCAAGGCAUCCGUCCGCUUGCGGACAAGAUCGAGGCCCUACGAGUAUGGCCCGAGCCCACCAACACCACAGACGUUCGUUCAUUCAUGGGGUUGGCGGGCUACUAUCAUCGAUUCAUCACCGGAUACUCCAGGAUUGUUGCACCUAUGACGAGGUUACAGUCCCCAAAGGUGCAAUUCGUAUUCGAUGACGACGCACGCCGGUCAUUCCAAGCACUUAAGACGACUAUGCUCAUGGCACCCAUCCUUAGCAUCUAUGACCCCACCCUGCCGACGCGAGUGACUACGGACGCUUCCGGCUAUGGCAUUGGGGCAGUCUUGGAACAACACGACGGCGACGAGUGGCACCCUGUGGAGUAUUUCAGCCACAAAGUGCCUCCCAUCAACUCGCUUGAUGAUGCAAGGAAGAAGGAGCUGAUUGCAUUCGUGAUGGCUCUCAAGUGUACCUCGAAGACGAAGCUGGAGCAACGGUGCUGCAGGUUGUAUGCAUUCGAUGUGCACUGCAACUCUUUCUUUCCCCUUUUCAUUCAACUCUACGUUCUUCAGUACUUCCUUUCUCCUUUGCUUCUAGCACCAGGGUUCAUUCCUGCCCUUCUGUCCAAUCUUUUGUACGCCACAGCCUUUUGUUACUACCAUUAUGUCAGCUUUCUCGGCUAUGAUGUACUUCCGUUCCUGGAGCGAACUACUUUUUUCCUCUAUCCAAUUGGUGUGAUCUUCAUUGCUCUGCCAAUCUGGAUCAUCGAUUCUCGAUAUCGGAAAGUUUCGGGUGGUUCAUACAGAAACAACUUCGACGCAUGAAAGAUUGGGUACGUGCACAUAUGAGGAGGCACGUCGAUCGUGUAAGGACUGAAUGAAUCCUCCCGUAUCUG